UCGUCCAUUAAAUCCUAUGAACAGCCCUAUCCGUUUCUUAUGGACCUUCCCCCCAACUCGACAGUCAAUAUUUUCUCUUUCUGUUCAGUAGACUUCUUCGUACUUCUUUGAAUAUCAAAGCAUAAUUUCUAUGUAUUCAAACUCCAAAUUAUAAGAAAAAAAAAUUUAUAGUUUACGUUUUUCAAUUCCCUCAAUUUACUCAGUUCUUGAUUUCUUGUUUGAUAGAUAGAGUUAAAUAGAAGGUUCCGCCAUGGAAUCCCUCCCAAGCUCUUUAUUAUUGCCUAAAACCCCAGGAACAAACAUCUACCCAAGUUCUCACCUACCACUCCAAUUUGCGAUCAAACCAUGGAAUAAACGAUUUGGGAUUUUGAAUACUGGUGAAAAUUUGAAUCCCUUUUCAUGGGUAUCAAUUCCUAAAAGAGUUGGGAUUCCUGGGUCAUUAAGGAUUAUGGCUGUUUCAAAGAAAGUUUCAGGCGAAAGUGAUACGAACUCAGAAUCUGAUGAUGGGCAUGCUUCACUUGCUCAGGCUAAUACUAAUCCUAAUCCAAAUCCAACUCACAAGAAGAGUUUUGAUGAUUCCCCAAAGAUUGAAUCGUCACCUACGACACUAGGAAGUGGAACUGGAGGAAGCACUAGGGCAGGACUAUUCAGAACACCAAUCUCUGGUGGAGUUCAAAGUGCGACUUCCGCUCAUGGUUUACCAAGACCAGCACUGGCUGUUCGCAAUUUGAUGGAACAGGCUCGGUUUGCUCAUUUGUGCACUGUCAUGUCUCGUAUGCAUCACAGGAGGGAAGGAUAUCCAUUUGGUUCACUGGUAGAUUUUGCCCCAGAUUCCAUGGGACAUCCAAUUUUCUCUUUUUCACCAUUAGCUAUCCACACAAGAAAUUUGUUGGCUGAUCCUCGAUGCACACUUGUUGUACAGAUACCUGGAUGGAGUGGCUUAUCCAAUGCACGAGUGACAAUUUUUGGUGAUAUCGUCCCACUUCCUGAAGAUCAACAGGAAUGGGCUCACAAACAGUACAUUAAAAAACAUCUUCAAGGGCCUUCGCAACAAUGGGGAAAUUUCUAUUACUUCAGGUUGCAAAAUAUAAGCGAUAUCUAUUUCAUUGGUGGCUUUGGUACCGUUGCUUGGGUUGACGUUAAGGAAUACGAAAAUCUAAAUCCCGACAAGAUUGCUCUUGAAGGAGGCGAACAAUAUUUGAAGGAACUCAAUGCCAUUUUCUCGAAGCCGUUGAAAAAGAUUUUGUCCACCGAAAUUGAGGUAGAUGAUGCUGCUCUUAUUUCUAUAGACAGCAGAGGAACUGAUGUCAGGGUUCGUCAAGGGGCACAGUUCAACAUACAGAGGAUAUCGUUUGAAGAGGGAGAUUUCGUCGAGACUCUGGAGGAUGCCAAAUCUGCUCUCCAACAAUUAAUAAACAAGGGUAAGGUGCAAAAUUUUCAGAAAUGAAGGUACGACUGCGAGAUUGAAAGACGAUCAUCUGAAAGUAAACCCCCCGAAUAAUCAUAUGUUGGAUAAGUUUGCGUUAUUGCAUCUUAUUAACGAUGCAGCAGUUUGAAUUGGGGGUGCAAGUUUCGUAGUAGGAUUGUAUUGCAUCGCAUGUUUCUCUGUAACUCCUAUUCGUACAAAGUAAUUAGUUGUUCCAUAGAAUAAAUCGAGACUGUCGGGAAACCUACAUUUGUGUAUCAUCGUAUGAUUGCCAAUUACUCUAUAUUACUCGAACUUCACUUUACAUCAAGUAUUCAUGUUGGAUCCUCAA